CUCUCGUUCGGUUCGGUGGAAACGUUUCAGUCGACUGUGCUUUUGUUUUGCGAAAACUUCAACUUUGGAGUUUGGUCUAGCCUUCAAUUAUUAUUUUUUCUUUCGCUUCGGAGACCCACCCGGGAGUGAUAUUUUGUCUGUUAGCCGUCUGCGGGAACUGCUUAUAGGAUUAUCGGUGCGUCCAGAUUUGGAAAGUUCAAAUGGUUGUGUCAGCGAUCGGAAGAAAGUAGUGUUGCCGAGUGAUGAUAAUGAAAUAAGCCUAAUUUAGUGUAAAUAAAAGGAAAGCGUGCAAUGCUCAGUGGUCCCCGGAGUGAGCCAAGAGGAGAGAGCAAAUAAGCGAACAUGCAUCACAACUGCUGUCCCACCAUAAAUGAGCGAUACAAAAACUCCCAUCAAUAAUGGUAUUAGAGGACAAUAAAAUAUUCGAAGUGGAUUAGUGAUAACUAGGAGUAGAAAAGAAAUUAAUAGAAUUACACGUUCGAUGAGCUAGUUUGAGCAGAAACAACACCAGUGCCAUCAACGACGACAUAACUGAGGAAAAGUGAAGUCGCGGAAAAUAAAAAAAACUAAGCUGCCUGGGUAUAGUCGGGAAAGCCAAAACGUGUUCUGGAUUCGUUAAUAGAAGAAAACCCCUGCCAGCAGUCAACCCGACAGCGGUACAGUCGUUCGAUCGUGAAGCUCAUCCAAUCGAAACCAUUUGUCGGUCCCAUCGCAGCCGAAAACGGCGAAAAUAAAGCAACCACGACGUUUAGUCUGUGUCCGAGCAGUAAAAAGUGUUUGCCAUUAACUUAAUCAAGUUUGUCGUUAAAAUGUGGCACCGCUUCUCGCCCACCAAUUCCAAUAAACUGUUGUUCGAUCAUGGUAAUAAUAGCAAUAUUAGUAGCAAUAAUAACAAUACUAUUACCACCUGUAAAAAAUCCGGUAAGGCCAGUGCUGCCAUUGCCGCUGCCUUUUCUGCCGCUGUUAGCCCCUCCAUUGUCGCUACCAACAAAGCAGCGGCAACCAAUACCACCACCACCACCACCAAUAAUAAAACCAAUAGCACCACCAAUAAUAAAAAUACCACCACCACUACCACCACCACCAUCACCAGUAGUAGCAAUAAGCCCAACAAAAUUUUAUCGAUCGAUAUGGAAAUUCGUAUACAACAUAAGUGUAUUUCAGCAUAGCGGAUCACUCUGGAGGGACCGGAUCCCCCCUGGAUGCAAGGCCCCCUCAAGGUGGCAUUUCUGGGGGCCUCCGGCGUUGGACGUACCAGUGUACUGCAGCAAUUUUUCAAGCAUGACUUUCCGAAGAGUCACGUUCGGACCAGCCGGCGAACGGUGUACCGCAGCUGUCUGGUGUGCGACACCUGCAUCCGCGAGCUGAUGGUGAUCGAUGUGCCGCCGCAGAGGCGCUUUCCCGUCGACAACCUUGCCGAGUGGAACAACGGACAUCCGCUGGGGCUCCGGACGGUGCACACCUACGUGCUGGUGUACGAUAUGGGUAACCUCGAAACGUUCCAGUACUGCCGCAGCAUUCGUGAUCAAAUAUUAGAAAGUUUUAGUCAUCGUGAUUUCAAAAUUAUGGUUGUGGGCAACAAGGUCGAUCUGGUAUCGGAAACCAUUCCGCACACUCAGGAAUUAAAGGACAUUUCCACAUUGGUUCGAAAGCACUGGCGUUGUGGAUAUGUAGAGUGUUCCGCGAAAUACAAUUACAAAAUCGGAGACAUUUUCAAAGAACUGAUGGGCUACCCGGUGGGUGGCACUGGGCACCGGCUCGAGUUUCCCCAAUCGAUUAGGAGUAAAAACAAAUGCACAAUUCUCUAGUAGUGGCUGUAGGUGCUGGUCGGUACUUUCGACCGGUCUGUGACGUGACGUUCUAAUAUUGAAAGAUACGUGAAACACCCGGCAUCGGAGAUGCCAUUUUGAGUGAGAGGUAACCGCAUCCUGGUUGGAUAUGGUCUGCCAAUCUUUUGCUGAUACAUUUGAAAGCGUAAAACGAGCCUAAUCAGAUCGUUCUCUAGUCGCAGCAAAGUGCGGCAGUUAAUAAAUUGUAGAUUUAAGCAAGCAUUACAAAACCAUACAAUGUUGACUAUUGAUACCUAGCAGUUUAUCACGAAACUAAUUGACACACUUUUGUGUCACUGGCGGACUGUGUAGAGUAAUACUGCGUGGCGGUACCAAGGCAGAAGGACGAGAAACCGAGCUGCAAAUUACCCAUUAAGGCAAGCGAGACUGUUGAGAUUAGAAAGACGUAUUCCGAUAACGAAGCAACAGCACCCACUAAAUGGCUAUAUCUGUGUACGUGUUUGUAGAUAAGUUCAAUCUGUGAAACGGAGAAAUACUGUAUCACGGGGUAGGUAGUGUCACACGUUUUCCUGGCUGGCUGGAGUUCUGAACACAGCUUCAUUAAACUACAGGAACAGAAUAAAUUUUACCUCGUUCUACGGUACAAAUAUCAAAAUACAGCGCAGGAGGACCGCCAGCAAAAGCCAUCCCUCCAGAGGAUGGCCCUGAGUGUACGUUUACAAUACACGCACAUACACACAUACACAACACAACCUUACGUACCGAAACUGAAAGCGAAAAAUAAGAUAUAUUUGAAGCGGACUCUCGAGUUUACCCAAAGUGUACAUAAAUAGUCUGUCAAAGACACAGCUUUCGAGAGGCAUAAUAGAUGCUCUUCUGUUGAAUAGGCUCGAUAAGAUGAAUCGAUUAGCCGCUGCUCAACGGUCGGUGGAUAGGGGUUUGGAGCUGUGAAGCCAAAUGAUUCCUUUUAAAGCGGAGUUCUGGUAAAUAGGGGCACGUAGAUAAAAAGGCACGUUUGCGUUUGCUGCGAGAUGUCAAUUUCAUUGCUUUAUGUUUCAAAUUCCUAAAAACUUUUCAUUUUUUUUUUCAUAGUGAAACUACUAAAAAAAAUCAGUUAUCUUAACGCUAGGAAUAGGUUUCGGUAAAUAUAAUAGGGCUAUAUAAUUUUAGGGCGAUUAAUUUGAGCUUGAACGACGUUAUUUAAAUUAGCAUUUAAAAUUAGAACAACGCAGGGGAGGGCGAAUAUAUUUUUACCAUUUUUUUUGUAUGCCAUUUUUUGUUAACGACCUAUUGAGUCAAUUUGUCAACAGUUGACAAAUUGACUCAAUAGGUCGUUAACAAAAAAUGGUUAACAAAAAAAAAUGGUAAAAAUAGAAUUUACCGUGAUGGGGAUCCAUCGUCGCAGCUUUGGGUGAAAACUGCCGACACCGUGCGAAUCAGUAACACAUGUGACCAUAUGCCACAGACGAUGAUACAGUCACAAUAGUCGAUAAAAUAAAAACACCCAUGCAGACAAUAGGCGAGGGAACAAAAAACAAAAAAACUAGCUCAUUCAAUGAGUUUCAACGUCGCAAAUGCUUAUUGUGGAAGUAUAUCGUGACUUAACUUUUUGUCGGUUCCGACAGCAUGAAGUAACUAGUAACUUUACGCUUGUCCGGACAUGCCACAGACUCAGGUGAUUCGCAUUUCUAAUGCCAAAAUAUCUUGACUCCUACGGUAGCAAACAAAGGGUUAAGCCGCCGGUAAACUCUAAGCUUGCACAUAUGACCCUUCCACGCAUUUCUAAACUUCCUCCCUUCAACUACUUGCUUUGCUCUCCCUUGAGUACUAUGGCUCUUAAUAUUGAAAAAUAUACUUCACCUUCCAGUCCCUUGCUAAUUAAAUGCCGUAACAACAGUUGACAAAGAGGUCAAAUAUGCUUCGGGAAGGUAUCCUCGUACCGUACCUCGUACGUACGGGAGAUCAACGGCAUGGAUUAAAGACUCGGACGGCAUCAGGAGACGUCAUGAGCUGAGGUGCCAGGUGAUCCUCCUCGAACCGGCAGAGGCUCUUCCAGAUAAUUUCAUGGUACGGCUCAAGUGCGGAUCGGCAACACGACAGAGAUUUUCCGUGUCAACUGGAGAUCGCGUCAAACCAUUGCAAAAAGGUACGGUACAUGCAGAAGAGGGCAAUUCAGCGAAUGAUGGGAAAUCUAAAAUUUUAAACGGCUUUUUAUAAUCCUUAGUCGAUUAAAACGACUUGUUUGUUUUUAAAUCUCAACGUUUCAACGCCUUGAUUGCGCCUUCUUCAGGGGAGAAUAAACUGAUUAUCGUUUCUCAUUUUUUUCUCCCCUGAAGAAAGCGCAAACAACGCGUAGAAACGUUGGGAUUUAAAAACAAACAAGUCUGAAACCACUAAGGAUUGCAAAAAACCGUUUAAAAUUCUAGAUAACAAAAAUCCAGUCGAAAGUCCAUAAAAUUACAAUGAUAGCGAAAAUAAAAGGGGCAGUAAAAUUUGAGGAAUUCCACGAAGAUCCGACCGAAAAUAUUGAAAAUCGUGACCAACCAUCUUAGAUUACUUUGAAACUUUACACGUUUGAUCGGCAUGGAAGACUAAACAUUUUCCACAAUCAGUAAGAUUAUUUUGACUCAAGAGCAAUUUUUAAAAGGGCGUAAAAAUUUAUACGUGCAUUAAUUUCAACAUUUGUUUGUUCAAUUACUGUAUUUUAUACAGCAAAACUCUCUGAGAUGUUUUAGGGAAUGAAUAUUUUUGUACGAAGAAAUAUACACUGAAAAAAAUGUUAUGUCAUUUUUCACAAAAACAAAAAUUUGUGUUAAAAAUUUAAAUUGCAAAAAACCCAUUUUUUCUAAUUUUUUACAUUUUGUCAACAAAAACCUAAAGGGAAAAGAAACAUUUAGAAUAUAAUUGUAUGAUGGAGAACUUCUCGGUAAAAAGUUUUUCUAACAACAACUAAUACUAAUACAUACUAAUUGACAAAUAAAACUGCAAUUUUAUUACUGAAUAUAAUUCUAAGCAUGAUUUUAAAUCAAAAUGCAUUGAACAAAAAUCUAAAAUGCGAUAGUUUUCGAGAUAUUGGGAAUUUUGUUCCAGCGAAACAGUCAAUUCGUGUGAUUAUGCCAUUUUUAAAAGAUAUUCCCGUUACCCCAUCAUAAAAUGUCAAAAAUAUAAUGAUUAGCGUUUUAAAGACGUAUAAGAAACUUUUUCAGUGUAUUUGGAUCAUGGAGAAGUUUUCAAUAAAAAAGUUUUCCUAACAACAACUUUUGACAUAUUUUUAUAAUUCAUACUAUUUUCAGUCAAAAAUACAUUUUUCUUUUUGAAUAUGAUUCUUAACGCUAUUUUAAAUCUCAAUGCUCAUAACACAUUUUUUUUUGAAAUGUAAUUGUCCUCGAGAUAUUUCAACUUUUGUUUUAACGACGCAAUUCUUUUGUUUUAUUACGACAUUUUUAGAAGUUAUUCGCGUUUCUCCAUCAACAACAAUAAGUUUUUCAAAAGGCUCAUAACAUUUACUGUAACUUUCUCUUUGACAUCAAGGUGAUAUUGUAAACCAACCAACCUGAAACUCGUUCUCAGAAUGUUUUGAUGAAUAAAAUAGA